AUGAUUCGUGAUUGCACUUAUGAACAAUAUUUUUUCAUUCUUAACCAAUUACCAUGUCUAAAAACAUUCACUAUCAGAGAUUGUUUAGUAAAGCAUACUAAUGGUAAAUCAUUAAUAUCAGCAACGUCAACAUUUCAAAGUAGCUUGGAGUCUUUGACUAUGAAUGAUUGCUCAGUUUCAUUAGAAAACUUCGAGUUGUUGCUGCAGUCGAUUAAUACACUUCGUCAUUUGAAACUAAUUUCUCGAAGUCGAAGAUUAUAUUCCAUGUUUGAUGGAUAUCGUUGGGAAAACAUCAUACGAACGAAAUUGCCGGCUCUAUGCAACUUUCAAUGCUUCUUUUCUUAUAUCGCUUUUACGAGUAGUACUCAUGCCAGCAAUAUUGAGUCACUUAUCGUUCCGUUUCGAGCACCAUUUUGGGUUCAGGAAAAACGCUGGCUUGUAUGCUGUGCUUGUGUUCUGAGGCACUCUAAUAUUUGGCUUUACACGACACCCAUUUGUGUUCCUGAUAUUGACACAUCAUUCAUAUGCGAAAUUUUAUCGACUAAUGAUAGUUAUCAUUUAACUAAACGACCGAUUCAUACUAUUAUUAAUCCUGCAUCGGAUGAAGUAUUUUUCGUACAGACGAUCACUAAGUUAGAUCUUGCAAAAAAUCAACUACAUGCGAUGGGAGCUCAAUAUAUGGCUGAUGCUUUACGCAAUAAUGUCACACUUACCACACUAAACCUCUAUGAUAAUGAUAUUGGUAAUGAAGGAAUUAAGUAUAUUGCUGAAGCCUUAGUCCAUAAUACAACACUUGUGACGUUAGAUCUUCAAGUAAAUGAUAUUGACAAUACUGGUGCGCAAGUUCUUAUAGAUGCUCUACAACAAAACAAAACAAUGAAGCUAUUGAUGCUCUAUGGUAACAAAAUAUCGUACGAACUGAAGCCUCAGUUGAGUGCUCAAAAUCGUCGAAUUGAUUGUUAA